UUAUCUGCGUAAUCAUUCCUGGCACGAUGCGGCUCGUGCGGCAGGUGUUGGCGCUGGGCGUGCUGGCGUGUGCGGCGGCGCUGCAGCCGCGCUGCCAGGAGAUCAGCAUCCCCAUGUGCCGCGGCAUCGGCUACAACCUCACAUCCUUCCCCAACGCGCUCGACCAUGACACGCAGGAGGAGGCCGGCCUUGAGGUUCACCAAUAUUGGCCCCUCGUUGAAAUAAAAUGUUCAGCGGAUCUGAAGUUCUUCCUGUGCUCGGUGUACACGCCAAUCUGCAUCGAGGACUACACGAAGCCGCUGCCGGCGUGCCGCAGCGUUUGCGAGCGGGCGCGCGCCGGCUGCGCGCCGCUCAUGCAGAAGUACGGCUUCCAGUGGCCCGAGCGUAUGGCCUGCGAGAAACUCCCGCGCUCCGGAGACCCCGAGAACCUCUGCAUGGAGGAGAACGACAGAGCUCAAGAGCCCGAACCACCCAAACCGCCACCAAGGAAACCUCACAAAAACAACUGUAAGGAUCCAAAAAACUGCGAAGGCGGCCCGGCUGCAAGCCCGGGCGAAAGCGAAUGCGCAUGCGCGUGUCGACCCCCCCUGGUCAGCGUGCGAACGCUACACAACGCGAGCGCCACCAGCGGCGGCGUGGCCGGUUGCGCUCCGCCGUGCCGCGGCGCGUUCUUCACGCGAGAGGAGAAGGACUUCGCCGCCGUGUGGGUCGCGCUCUGGAGCGGCCUCUGCGCCGCCUCCACGCUCAUGACGCUCACCACCUUCCUCAUAGACUCGCAGCGGUUUAAAUAUCCUGAGCGGCCUAUCGUGUAUCUCUCCGCUUGUUACUUUAUGGUGGCACUCGGUUAUCUGGCGCGAUUGGCACUCGGCCACGACGAAGUCGCUUGUGAUGGUGCAUUACUCAAGACUACAGCCAACGGACCCAGCGCUUGCACACUCGUCUUUAUCCUGGUCUACUUCUUUGGCAUGGCGUCAUCGAUCUGGUGGGUGGUGCUGUCGUUUGCGUGGUUCCUUGCUGCGGGACUAAAGUGGGGCAACGAGGCAAUCGCCGGACACGCGCAGUACUAUCAUCUUGCCGCCUGGCUAAUUCCCGCCGCAAAGACUGUGGCCGUGUUGCUCGCCGGUGCCGUCGACGGUGACCCGGUCGCUGGCAUCUGUUACGUCGGCAACUCGUCCCCUGAGAACCUCAAGAAAUAUGUGUUGGCGCCGCUGAUCGUGUACUUCGCCCUCGGCGCGACGUUCCUGCUCGCCGGGUUCGUGUCGCUGUUUCGCAUUCGGUCGGUAAUCAAGCGGCAGGGCGGGAUCGGCGCCGGCUCCAAGGCCGACAAGCUCGAGAAACUGAUGAUCCGCAUCGGCGUGUUCAGCGUGCUGUACGCGGUGCCGGCGGGCGUGCUGAUCGGGUGCCUCGCGUACGAGGCGGGCGGGUACGAGUCGUGGAUGCGGCGCGUGGCGUGCGGGCCGGCGUGCGGCGACCGGCCCAUGUACUCGGCGCUGAUGCUCAAGUACUUCAUGGCGCUGGCGGUGGGCAUCACGUCGGGCGUGUGGAUCUGGUCGGGCAAGACGCUGGAUUCGUGGCGGCGCGUGUGGCGCGGCGGGCGCGAGGCGCCGGCGCAGCGCGCGCUCGUGAAGGGCUGCGUGUGACGCGCGCCCGCGGCGCUGCCUGCCGCCCCUGCCGCGCCCGCCGCCCCCGCCGCGCCGCACGCGCCGCCGCCCGCGCCCACGGUGGCGUCGGCGCCGGCCGCCGUGUCCGCGCCCUGCGCCGCCUCCGCGCCCUCCGCCCGCUCCGGACAGCCGUUGUCGGACUACGGGCCGGUGUAGUCGCGUUGAACAGUGCGGCGAGUGUCCGCGAGUGUUGUGCCAUGUGAGAAGUGUCGCGCGUGAGUCGGUGUCGGACGCUGCAGUAGUGAGGGCGGCGUCGCGCGUUGUCUAGUCCUAGUUGUAACGAACGCGUGACGCGCAGAUAUACGUAAAUAGCUUGUAAGACUAAUGUAAUGGCGGCCGUGGCGUCCGAACCGCCCCGUCGAUGAAACUAUUGUUCGUAGGAUUUUAUACUGCCCGAUGACGAGCGGCUGAGACUUGGCUUUAUUCACAUUGGAUAGGCAACUAGGUCGAUAGUUACUGCGGAAACCAGAAAGUGUGACGUUACUUCUACGAUUAUAUUAUAGAAGAAGCGAUUAACAACAAGAACUAUUUGUCCGAUCAAAACAUUGAGUUAAUCAAUCUAAACAAUAUCGAUUCAAACUAACAUGGAAUUAAUCGAUAAUGCCCAUAAGUAUCGAUAUACGCACAGAUAAGUAGCAUAAAUACCGUAUGUUUCACAUUGAUGUCGAUAAAAUGUGUUAUCAUUCACACCACAAACGAUUACCUCACGACACUGCCAUUUUUUCAUUUUUAUAAAAUUUACUGAAACUACCACAAUUUAUCGACAUGCAUGAUUCUUAUUCCUGUUAACGGAAAGUAACUUAUUUCCAGACUUAUAUUUGGACUUGUUUUCUUGCCAAAAAAGUUUUUGCGUAUAUUUUUCCUAAAAUCUAUAGUUUAUCGAACUAUUGUAACUUAAUUGUAAAACUUAACAAAUGUAUACAUACUCUAAGUGAUCUCUUUGUAAAUAUUGACCCUACAAAUUGGUGAAUAUUCCCUCUGAGCGAAGUACAACGUUAUUAAACUCCGCUUUUUCGAAAUAUUGACUAAUUUACCACUUAUAGAGCAUAGAAUCUGACUAUGGAUUAUGCCAUGAAUAUUGUAAAUAGUGCCAUCUGUUGUAUUUAGUAUUUAUAUGUGAUCGCCGCUGGGUGUCUCUGUUACGGCUCUUGUAAUGUGACGUGUAACAGCGCCAUCUGUCGAGCGAGGAGAACAAGCAAUGUGUACUACGUGGUCACAGGUGGCGCUGCACGACUCUGACGCUCCACCUGCGGUCAAGUAGUCAUAUCUGUAGAUCUUAUAGCUUCUUUCACGUAAAUAAAAUUGCUUACAAGUGCUCAACUUUUGGGGGACUUUUUGAUGAAAAUAAAAAUUAGAGUUGUAUUGUGCAAUGUAACUUUGUGUAAUCUAUUUGUACUCGUGAAAUUAAAGUAUUAGAAAAGAUUGUAAUAUGUACCCGCGGACGCCGCUGCCGAGACAUGGAAAUUAUUAUGUAAUUUAUUUUAUAUCUAACUGUAGAUAACAAAUAAAGCGACUUUUUUAUGUAAACGAAUGUUUCAAUUAAAACAUGGACGUAAAACAAAA